CAGCGCCAACAAACUAAUUCGGGUUUGAUUGGCGGGUUGGUUGUCUUUACUUCGUUACUUUGCGGUAACGUGUUCUGGGAGUUAGAAAUGGAGUCAACACAAGAAUCAAACCCUACAGCACAGUCGGAUAAUUUCCAGGGAGCUCUUCAAAAGCUUGAUUUAUUGGUUGAAAAAGCAGAACUCUAUAGCAAGAUCAAAUACAUUGGUGCAGGAAUAAAAGAUUUGACCAGCCCGUCUCAGAUCAAACCGGAACUUUUAGUUACUUCGCCUACAGCUAAUUCUAUUGGAGAUCACCGACAUCGACGUACAGAAAAAGAAGAAGAUGAAGAAUUGUUGACGGAGACUAAGCUUGAUGUAUCUGCUGUUCAGCGAUUCGAGUCAUCUCCAUGGUACGUGAAGGGUGGAGAAAUGCGGGAUUAUCAAGUUCGCGGUCUUAACUGGAUGAUUCAGUUGCAUCUUAAGAACAUUAAUGGAAUUUUAGCUGACGAAAUGGGUUUGGGAAAAACUUUGCAAACAAUAUCACUGCUCGGUUAUAUGAAGCAUUAUCGAAACAAGUCUGGACCUCACAUUGUAAUUGUGCCCAAAUCUACACUUUCAAACUGGAUGAAUGAAUUUGUUCGAUGGGUUCCUUCUUUACGAGCAGUUUCGCUUAUCGGGAACCAGGAUGAAAGAAGUCAAAAAAUACAAAAUGAAAUUAUGAGGAAAGAAUGGGAUGUCAUUGUUACAAGUUAUGAAAUGUGUAUCAAGGAGAAGGCUGUUUUAAAGAAGUUCCACUACGUAUAUUUAAUAAUUGAUGAAGCUCACCGCAUCAAAAAUGAAAAGUCUAAGCUAUCGGAAAUUGUACGUGAUUUCCCCUCUCAAAACCGUCUGCUGAUCACUGGUACACCAUUACAAAAUAAUUUGCACGAAUUAUGGGCUUUACUUAACUUUUUAAUGCCAGAAGUGUUUUCUUCGUCUGAUAUGUUCGACGAUAUGUUUAAAACAAGCAGUACACACGAAGAGAACUUAGUGAAGCGUCUACAUGCAGUUUUGAAACCGUUUCUAUUGCGAAGAAUUAAAGCAGAUGUUGAAAAGCGUUUGCCACCAAAAAAAGAAUGCAAGAUAUAUAUUGGUUUGAGCAAAAUGCAACGUGAAUUAUACACCAAAAUUUUGAUGAAAGAUAUCGACGUAGUGAACUCAGUGGGCAAUAAAGUGGAUCGUGUUCGUUUGCUGAAUAUUCUCAUGCAGCUUCGUAAAUGCUGUAAUCAUCCUUACUUGUUUGAUGGUUUGGAACCUGGUCCUCCAUAUACUACAGAUCGUCAUCUUGUUGAUAAUUGUGGCAAGCUGAUGUUACUGGAUAAGUUGUUACCGAAAUUAAAAGAGCAAGGUUCUCGAGUCCUUCUUUUUUCUCAGAUGACACGAAUGAUGGAUAUCCUAGAAGAUUAUUUCUUGUGGCGCGGUUAUGAAUAUUUUAGAUUAGAUGGUUCUACGCCUCAUGAAGAACGUCAGGUUUCAAUUGAUGAAUACAACCGUCCAGGUUCGACAAAGUUUUUGUUUAUGCUAUCCACAAGAGCUGGAGGCUUAGGUAUUAAUCUGGCUACGGCUGAUGUAGUUAUAAUAUAUGACUCAGAUUGGAAUCCACAAGUUGAUCUCCAAGCUAUGGAUCGAGCACAUCGUAUAGGGCAAACCAAAACUGUCCGUGUUUUCAGAUUAAUUACGGAGCAUACAGUUGAAGAACGUAUUAUUAUGCGCGCAGAAAUGAAGCUGAAAUUGGAUAACUUGGUUAUUCAACAAGGUCGUCUUAUGGAACAGAAGUCAAAUCAACUUCAGAAGGAUGAUGUUUUGGAAAUGAUAAAACAUGGUGCCAACUACAUUUUCCGUAGCAAAGAUAGUGAUCUAAAGGAUGAAGAUAUCGAUAUUAUUUUGGCUCGGGGUGAACAAAAGACUGCUGAAAUGAAUGAAAAACUAGCGCAGUUAGGGGAAUCGAAUUUGCGGUCCUUAAAGUUUGACACAGCAGAUGAAAAUGGUGUACCAACAUCUGCCUAUAUAUUUGAAGGUGAAGAUUAUCGAGAGAAGCAGAGUCGCACUUCCUUGUUAGAAGGUUGGAUAGAACCUCCAAAACGUGAACGUAAAGCUAACUAUGCGGUUGAUGCAUACUUUCGUGAAGCUCUUCGUGUUUCUGAACCUAAAGCACCGAAACCACCCAGACCACCGAAACAGCCAAAUGUUCAAGAUUUCCAGUUCUUCCCACCUAGACUAUUUGAACUUUUGGAUAAAGAAAUAUAUGCUUUCAGAAAAAGCAUUGGAUAUAAAGUUCCUCGUAACCUAGAUUCUGGGCCAAACGGUGAGCGUGAUCGCUUAGAAGAACAAGCCAGGAUAGAUGAAGCUGAGCCACUAACGGAGGAAGAAAUUGCAGAAAAGGAAGAACUUUUAACACAGGGUUUCACAAACUGGUCAAAACGUGAUUUUCAACAAUUCAUCAAGGCCAAUGAGAAACAUGGUCGCGAUGAUUUAGAAGCAAUUUCUCUUGAUGUUGAGGGUAAAACUCCUGAUGAAGUCAAGCGGUACGCUCGUGUGUUCUGGACAAGAUGUAAUGAGUUGCAAGAUGUUGACAAGCAUAUGGCACAGAUCGAACGUGGUGAAGCUAAAAUUCAACGAAGGGCUGCAGUAAAAAGAGCACUUGAUUUGAAGAUGGCUCGUUAUAGAGCUCCUUUUCACCAACUUCGUAUACAGUAUGGAACAAAUAAGGGGAAAAAUUACGUUGAAGAGGAAGACCGUUUUCUUAUAUGUAUGCUUCAUAAACUUGGUUUUGAUCGAGACAAUGUGUACGAUGACCUGCGUCUUGCGGUUCGUCUGGCUCCACAGUUCCGGUUUGAUUGGUUUUUAAGAUCCCGUACGGCAAUGGAGCUACAGAGACGUUGCAGUACGCUUAUUACCUUGAUUGAGAGAGAAAUAUCUGACUUAGAGGACCGAACAAAACAGCGUGGGGGGACUGGUGCGAAUAUUUCAUCUCCUAAUCCCUCUGCAAAUUCCGGACCGGCUACCACCUCUACGACAUCUGUCCAGAAGCGGAAAUCAACUGCAGCAGCUAGUGGAACUGCUCCUGACUCAACUUUAGAAACUGCUGGAAACGGAAAAAAAAAGAAAGUUACUGCUUAAGUGACAAUCAUUUGUACAUGUCCUCUUUGUAUUUUGCUUUUAUUUUAGGCCUCUUGCAUUUGAUCUAAUGUAUUUGUUUCUUGUGACUUAUCACUCUUUGCUAAUUCAUAAUGGUGUAUUUUUCCACAGAAUCUUAUAUAUUCGAAUAAAGAUUGUUUAUGGUGGGAAGGAUUUGUGAAGUUUUCUGAGUGGGUUACCGACAUCUUAUUCUAUUUCGCCAUUCAUAACCGUGAAUAAGCUAAUAUAAAGUGCAGCAUCAUGAAUCAAAAUUU